AAGCCCUAGGAGUGAAACUGUCAUUCACGAUGGAAGGAUGUACGGAGGAUUUACUAUGGCAGUCGGAGCCGGAAUCGGAAUCUGUUGUGUCCGUGACGCUCGCGCGUGCCGUGAGUACUCUGCUCUGUGCUCGACCCAAAAAGCUCCAGGACGCUAUUUUCCGCCUUUCCUCACUGACCCAAAGACCCUCAAUCGGUUCAUUGGAGGAGUCGCUAUGGUUCUUGCACAAGUAUGUAACGGAUGCUGCUGAGAAGGAGGAUUCAUUCGACCAAGUUCUCGUUCCCAUGAUCGAAAAUUCAUUGAACUCCAAAGACUCUAAGCGUGGUGGCCAAGCCGUGAUACUGAUAAACUGGCUCUAUCAAGAUGAGUUGCUUUUUGAACCUUUGACGAAAGGCCUUGCUAACAUCAUUACAAGGAAGAAUGAUCGUUAUUUACUGUUUGGAUGGUGUGUACUUGUGCGGUCUCUUGUGGACUACGAUAAUACUAUUAGUCAAUCUCCUUUUAGUGGGAUAAGGGAUAGGUACAAUGGGUUAAUAAAGAUAAUCUCCACCUGCCUGCCACAUCUGGCCGUCAUUGUUUCUCAAGGAAGUACUUUGCAGGAUGGGUUUGAGUUGCCAUCUCGUCUUGGAGUGUCUGCUGCUGAUUGCUUUCUGGCCCUUACAGAAGCAUUAACCAAAAUGGCUGAGUCUCAACGUAACAAGUUGAAAUCAGAUGCAGGAGCAGCAUGUCAGCCGAUUACUUUGGUUCCAUCCACUGGUGACAAGAAAGUGAAAUUAGCUUCUAAAUCUUUGACAAUGUCUGAUACAGGAAGGGAUUAUUUUUUGUUGCAUCAUUUGGAUGGGAUGAUUUGUUUGGUGCAGAGGCUGCUUGCUUGGAGCCAAAAAAGUCGAUUUUUACAUGCCAAAGGGUUGGAGCAAGUUCUUAAAUGGUUUGAAGAUAUAAAAAAUCACUACUGCUCCUUACAAUAUAAGACAGAUUCUAAUGUUCUCAAGACUGGAGAUUUGCUACUCUCUUCUUGCUGGAAGCACUAUAGCAGGCUAUUAUACUUGGAAGACCAGAAAUUUCCGCAGCAUUACAAGGAGCUUCUAGACCAGUAUCUGUCUGGGAUUCAGUAUUACAUGGACAACCAUUCUAGUGGGCUCGCUGACAAGAAAGAUAGUGAAGUGGAGACCAGAAGGUUUUUCUUGAAUUGUUUAUGCCUACUAUUGGGACGUCUAGAUAGCAAGAAAUUUGAAAGCAUAGUGUUAGAACGUGGGAUGGAUAUAUCACGGGUUCUUGUACCACAGCUGACUUCUACUAAUGAAGACAUUAUCGAUGGGGUGGUUUCAAUCUUCAAGGCUAUCAUCUUGAAGCCAAAUCACUCAACUGGAGGCACACAUAUUAAGAGUAGUCAAGUGGACGCUGUAAUGCCUUUCUUGCUCCAUCUUCUAGAUGAGCAGGAAGGUACAGCAAGAGCUGUAGUUAAAUUGAUAGCAGAAUACUGCUCAAAGAGCAAAGAUGAUAAAUGCCUUAAAGAAGUUUUAAAGCGUCUUUCAUCUGGAAAUAUUUCACAGAGAAGAAAUGCCAUUGAUGUUAUAUCAGAAGUGAUUGAUAUAUCAACAGAUUCACGGAAGUCUUGUCUACUUUCUGCUUGGCAAGAUGUAGCCAACAACUUGCUGGAGGGGCUUGGAGAUGAAGACAUUCUGAUUCGGGAGCAGGCUUGCAAAUUACUUCCAGCUUUAGACCCUUCAUUGCACUUGCCGACAUUGGUCAGGCUUGUUUACUCUCCAGUUGAGAGGGUACAAUCAUCUGCUACUGAUGCCCUUAUUAGGGUCCUGAAAUUUCACAACCAGAGAAACGAUGCCCUAUUUUUAAUGCUAGACUGCCUUAGCAGCAUCAGCCAAAGCGUAGAUCUUCCAGAGGCAGAAGAAAGUAAAGGACCAAAGUUGGACACUGACCGAGUACUCAGGCUCACUCCAGAGUGGUCUAAAAGUGUUCGAGACUGGAAUUUCUUGGUUGGACCAUUGAUAGACAAGAUGUUUGCAGAUCCCUCAAAUGCAGUUAUUGUCAGAUUCUUGAGUUAUAUAAGUGAAAAUCUGUCUGAUGCUACUGAUUUAGUCUUGCAUCAGGUUUUGCUGCAUGUGAGAGGACAGAAGGAAGUUGAUGAAAGUUUGUUAUCAAGGUGGGUGAAUAGAACCUAUACCAAUGAUGAGUUUGUAGAAAUGCAGCAAUCUUUGUUUGAGCACCUUUGCCCAUUGCUUAUCAUUAAGAUGCUUCCACUGAAGGCUUUUAAUGACCGCAAUUCAUCACUUAUGUAUGGGAAUCUACGUCAAGACAUAGUGCCUGGGACCAGGGACAUUGAGGUUGGUUAUGAGUGUAUUGCUGCUCUGCUUCUCAGCAGGGCAUUUUGUGACUUUGAGUUUGAAGAUGUUCGGAAGCUUGCUGCUGAGCUUUGUGGACGCAUUCACCCCCAAGUAUUAUUCCCAGUUCUCUGCUCCAAGUUAGAGCAGGCUGUCGAUGCUAAAAAUAUACUGAAGAUAAAGGCUUGUUUACUUUCAAUCUGUACAUCGCUUAUGGUCAGAGGUUGGGAGUCUUUUUCUCAUCCUACUAUGUUCAUUAUUAAAAAGAUGAUUGAAACAGUGUUGUUGUGGCCAAGUCUUGAUGCUGAUUCAGUUUCAAAAGCACAACAUGGAUGCAUUGAUUGUCUAGCACUAAUGUUAUGUGCUGAUCUACAAGCUGAGGAAUCAAUUAGAAACCAUGUCUCUGGUUCUGCAUUAAGGUUUUCUGUUGGCACUUAUGUGAUCGGUCAUCUCAUACAUGACAAGAAGGAUCUUAAUCCAGCUUCUGAGUUGGAUAAUGACAACUAUGCAUCUGCAGCUGCUGUUCCUCUCCCUUUUCGUUUGUGCAUGGCUAAUGUUCUUAUUAGUGCUUGUCAGAAGGUCCCAAAAUCUUGCACUAAUCAAUUUGCAGCACUUGUUCUUCCGCCUCUCCUUCAUUCUGUCGAGUCUAAAAUGAAGUCAGAGGUUAGAGCAGCGUGCAUCCAGGUCUUAUUUUCUGCAGUCUAUCAUCUAGGACCGGCAGUUCUUCCUUAUGCAUCUCAGCUUUUCAAAGUCUCACUGAGAUUUCUGAGAAAUGAAUCGGAGAAGGAAAGAAUGGUAGGUGCGAAGCUAAUGGCAGCUCUCAUGGCCAGUGAAGAUGUAAUUUUGGAAAGCAUAUCAGGGGGACUAUUGGAAGCAAGGUCUGUGCUCUCAACGAUAUCGUUAUCAGAUCCUUCACCUGAGAUACGACAGCUAUGCAGAAAGUUGUUAUCGUGCAUAUCUUCUACCUAGAUUUACA